AUGGUCAUACCACAGAAACUCCAACCAAGAGUGAUUGAAUUAGGUCACAAGGGCCAUCAAGGGAUUCUCAAGAUGAAACAACGACUGCGUACAAAAGUCUGGUGGCCGGGGAUUGACCAAGAAGCGGAAAAGUUCUGCAAAACGUGUCAUGGAUGUCAAGUUGUGAGUAGACCUAUUAAUCCAGAGCCAUUGCAAAUGACAGAAUUACCCCAGGGACCAUGGCAAGAUAUUGCUAUAGAUUUCAUGGGUCCAUUGCCAUCGGGAGAUUAUGUAUUUGCUGCAACCGAUUACUACAGUCGAUACGUAGAGGUGACUAUUGCAAAAAGAAAUACAGCUGAAGUUGCGAUUAAAAGUUUGGAAAACAUGUUUGCAACCCAUGGACUACCGUGGACAGUGACAAGUGAUAAUGGUCCUCAUUUCAUUACAGAGACGUUCGAAUCAUUCUUGCAAGAGAAUGGAAUUGAACACCGGAAGACAACGCCAUUGUGGCCCCAAGCAAACGGUGAGAUCGAAAAACAACAGAACAGAUCUCUACUCAAUAGGAUGGAAAUAGCAAGAGUGGAAGAACAAGAUUGGAGGAAAGCAAUGCAAACGUACCUGAUUGCUUAUCGAAAUACACCUCAUCCAACGACAGGGAUGUGUCCUGCUGAAUUGAUGUUCAGAAGAAAACUGAGAACUAAACUUCCAGAGCUGAGAGAAAAUGUUAGAUUGGAUGAAGAAAUGUGAGGCAAAGACAGAGAGAAGAAGGAGAAAAUGAAAGGUUAUGCUGACAAAAGAAGGAAUGCCAAGGAGAGCAAUUUAUCUGAAGGAGACAAAGUGUUGUUGAACAGCAGCACAUCAACAAGUGGACAACAACGUUUGAAAGUCAACCGUAUCAAGUAAUUGAUAAACACGGGAACAGUGUAUUGGUCGAGUCACCCGAAGGUGUUCAGUAUAAAAGAAACACUACUCAUGUUAAACCGUUCCAGGAAAGAGAAAGUGGUUCAGAGGAAAUCGAAAUGUCAGCGACAGUACCUGAAGUACCUCCAGAAGAAAGUGUUCUACAGCAAGCGGAGGGAGAAACAUCAUCUGCAGUAGACGGCCAGCCAGCCGAUCAAAAUAAGACUGUCAAUGGCAUUUUUUGUUACAAGUAAACAACAAGCGUUUUCUUAUAGCUUAGACACUGGUGAGUCACGUUUGAUAUGUUGCCACCUCUGAUUUUAACGAACAAAGAGAAAAUUUUAAGCAUUUGAAAAGUUUCCCUAUUAAAUUAUUAUAUUCCCAAAAAAAUGUGAAAUUUGAAGUUCACUUAAAUUAGCAUCGUUUAUAUCAUUAGAAAGAGCAUAAAAAAGUACAUAUAAGACAUUUAAACGAGUAAUACGAUUUAUUUAUCCAAAUUCGAGUUAUGAACACUAAAAAUAGGUAAAAUGCAGUGAAUGACGUCACAAAAGCUGUUUUGUAGCAACUUUAAGCGCCUGUAAUUCAAAACAGGGUUAUAAAUUCACCCUUCUCACUUAAAUGUUCUAUAUCUACUUUUUUCCGAACUUUCUGAUUAUAUAGGUGAUUUUUUCUGAAAGUUGGUUUCAAAUUUCACAGUUUAGUGAGUAUAGCAAUUUUAAUACGCAAAAUUUUCAGAUUCUCAAAAUUUUUCACUUUAAAGUCAAUAUCAGAGGUGGCAACCUAUCAAACGUUGUUCUCCAGUGUCUAAGCUAUACGAAAACGCCAGUUUCCAGCUUGUAACAAAAAAUGCCAUUGAUGGCAUUUUAGAGACACUUUUAUUGACGUUGGCUGGCCGUCUAUAGGAGAAAGGUCAUCGCAAGGUGAUCGUGAUGGGCGAGUGCCAAAUGGAGACUCUAACCAAACAGCAGAAA